GUUUAAUAUUUAUAGGCUUCUUGUCUCCGAUAAACCAGAUUAUUUUUUAGCAUAAAAAAAUAGAAUAGUUAGGCAUGGAAAGUAAUGAUAAAGAAUGUUGUGGCGGACACGGAGUCUGGCCGCCUGUGCACAGUCGUCAACACUCCUACAGCUGAUUUCCUCAGCUGGGUACGCCUCAAUUUAGUGGCUGCUUCAAUAUCUACCUCAAAACACAACUAACACUUUUGAAACCUUGUCAUUCUCAACAUUAACGCGUCUCCCGACCUCUGUACUCGUGUGGUCAUCGUGAGGAUAAACCCUUCAUGCAAACCACUUACCAUCGAAAAGAAUAGGGUACAAGGAAACGACUUAACCAGUUUCAGUUGGCAUCAGUGAAAGAGUUACAACACUCUUACCCUUUCAUUAGAUGGUGGUUAAUACAGUACUACUAACAACCACCAUAUCCUAGGUAAAGGUAGUUACCAUGUGGGGAGAAUACGAGAGCAGUAAGAACUCAGGAGAGCCUCAUGAGCCAGGUUUUAAGCAACAGAGAAAUUUGGACAAAGCAAGUGAGAAUGUGGAGAGUGCUACACCAGUGGUAUCAUUAAGAGAUCGCAUCAUCCAAUACAUGGCUGCCAGUACUAUUAUUUUGAAGAGCCAGCAGAGGUAUGAACCAGACCUAACAUAUCAAGAAAGAAAGGAUAUAGUUGAAAAACUUCUUGAUGAGAAGCCAGGGCAGUUUUUAUACAGGUUUGGAAAGCAACUAGAGAGAGAGCAUCUUCAGUAUUUCUUGACAUAUGAAGGUGAUCCUGAAGUAGACUAUUAUCUUAGUGAAGCACUGAAGCAUAAGAAUGAACACACAAGCAAAAUCAUAAUUCGAAACAGGAGAUUUGCUGCUUUACAAAAACUUCGAAGGACUGGCGAUUAUUUCAGUGAAAAAGAGAUGGAACGCAGAAAUCCACUGCUAUAUGAUCACCUUAUUGGGAAGCACCAAACCCAAGAAGAAAGAGAAGAUAGAUAUAAAAUGGAUAGCAAUGACAUCAGAUUUUCAAGCAUCCUUUUAGCUCACAUUGAUAACUGUACUGACAAAAGCAUAAAAUUGCAACAAGAAGACCAAGAGGAUGAAAUGUUUGAAGAAGAUGACUCGGAUGAUGAUGAUAAUGUUGGGGAAGUGGAUAGCGAAGAUGACUCGGGGAAAAAACGAUUAUUUAAGGAAGAGUUCUACUCUGCUGGAUAUAUAAGCUUCUUGAAAGGGAAUGAUGAAUUUGAUUAUGGUCAAAUAGAUACCAGUGAUGAUUAUGAUCCCCUUGAUAUUCGUGAAAGAGAUGAGGAAGAGAGGUAUUUUGAUGAAGAUGAGGAGGAGGACACACUCAGCGACAGAGGAAUGCAUUGUAAUGGUAGCAGUGGUACAAAUGAUGAUAUGCAGGAUCCUGAAGAAACAUGUAUAAUUCAACAUAAAACUUCCAAUAAACUUAAUACUUGCGUUGAAGUUCCAGCAAAAAGUGAAGAAAAUAUUACAUCUGAAGUUGAUAGCGAGACUAUGGAAGAUAACACUGACCAGUGUUUGAUGGACACCAGUGAUGGCAAUUCUUGUUCUAAAACCUAAUAUAAUUAACAUUAAAGUUUCAUAAGCUUUAUGACAGUAAUAUAUUGUUUCCCUUAUAGUUGAUUAGGAACAGGAGAAUUGUUAAGCAGGAUUAUAAGACACUGAGGAAUUGCUAAACUAAUGCGCCAAGUUUUUUUUAACAUGUUAGCAUUCCAGAAACAGUAGCAGCCUUUGUAAGUUUCACAAAAUUGGUUUUAUUUAUAAUGCAUAUCCAGAUAUUGCAACAAUGCUGAAUUUUCAAAGUGAAGUACUGUACUGUACAAUGUUGAGUAAGUGUGGAUAGUAUUAUUCUAAGUUGUUCAUGUUUGUUGAAUGAGAAUUGGUGAAAUGCCAUUAGUGUAUAUAUAGUUUUUAGCAUUUUGAAACUAAUAUUCCAUAAUUUUAAGCUGUAUUUUUGUGGAAAUAAGAGUGAAUGUUACUGGGAGAGCGCUGAUACAGGGAAAAGUAAAGUAUCCACGAAGAGAUUUCUUGUGUUAUUUUCAUGUACAUAUGGAAUGUGAUUGGGCUAUAGGUACCACAGAAUAAAAAAAAAAAAAAAAAAAAAAAAAAAAAAUAGUAGUAGCCCCUGACUUUUCAUGAUAUACUUUCAAACCUCAAUAGUAUUACAUUUCAAAUAAGCACAAACUUAAAAAAAAUUUGAUUCUGUUCAUGCUGUUUUUUUGGAUUUAGGUCUAAGUACUGGUUAGGUUAUUAAACACCAUGAUACACAAUUAGUAUAUAAUUAUGGAAUAACUAUUUGGGUAAUUACAAAGAUGCGUGUACUGUACCUCCAUCCUUAGUACUGGGAGCACAGCACACAUGGCUAACUAUAGGACCUGCUCUCCACACUUUGUUCAUUGACACUUGUCCCAAAUAAGGUUUACAGCACUUGUAAAAUACAGAUAAAUAUUUAUUUUGAAAAAUUAAAUGUAGCUCUAAGAAAAGCACAAGUUAAAUGAUAAGUUUAAAACAGCAGGUUCAAUAUAUAAACAACCUAGGUCAAUGUUACUAGUCACUGCUCAAGUGAAAUAUUGCUGCUAAAUCUUGACUAAACUUUAACAAAAAAAAACAUCUUUUUAUAUGUAGUGUAAAUUUAUUCAUACAACAGACACUGAUGUUUGUAUAUGUGGAUUUGUUUUAAUAGUAAAUUUAUAUUUGGAAGAAUUUUGACAUUCAAUAAACUUUCAAAUGCA